AUGGCGGUGGAGAGUACAAUUUGGCUGUUCUGUCUUCUUUCGCUGUUUUGUGGUUCAUCCAAGCAAGAAAAGCCUGUUUCAGUGGAGCUGAGCUGCGGGGCUGGGCCCAGCCAUGUAGUGUUGGAGCCAGGUUUACCUCUCUUGCUGGACUGCAACCUCGGGGCCAGCGAUGCGCCUUUCAAUGUCACCUGGCUUCAGGAUGGCCAGCCUCUGCCUCUGGAGGGGGGCGACUCCCUGCAGAAUUUGGCCAAUGGAUCCCUCCUCCUGCUGCCCCUCUCUAAGGAUGGCCACCCUCCGCAGGGCGUGGAGGGUGGCUACAGCUGUGUGAGUUCCAGCGCACUUGGAGCCUUGACCAGCCGGACAGUAAAUGUUCUCCUAGCAAGUCUGUCUAAGUUCCAUCAGGAGCCAUCACCCCAAACACUGCCUGCUGGGGGAGCUGCCCGCUUCGAGUGCCAGAUUGAGGGAGUGCCCACACCUGUUAUUACCUGGGAAAAGGACAAAGUGGCUGUCCCGGAGGAGCCGAGGUUCAUUUCCCUUCCUAACGGGGUGCUCCAGAUUCUGGAGGUGACCAAGGAGGAUGAGGGUGCCUACCGCUGUGUCGCGUCCAACUCCGCCAGGAAGGACAUCAGUCAUGAGGCCGGACUCACGGUCAUCACAGGAUCUACAGAAACCCUGAACAGAGUUGCGAUUGUUGCGCCACCUCAGAAUGCAACAGUCGUUCUCGGCCGUCCAGCUGUGAUGGAGUGUAUGGCUCAAGGCCAGCCGAAGCCACUGGUGUCCUGGAGCAGGCAAGAUGGAAAGCCCAUUUCCACUGAUGUGGUCGUCCUCGCGACAAACCUGGUGAUUAGGGACACGAGGCGUCACCAUGCCGGCGUCUAUGUCUGCCGGGCCAACAAGCCCAGGACCAGAGAGUUUGUCAUCGCGGCUGCUGAGCUGCAUGUGCCUGCCCCUCCAGUGAUCCUCCAGCCCCCAGAGACAGUGUCCCUCUCCCGGGGAAACACAGCCAGGUUCGUGUGCAACAGCUCUGGGGAGCCUCCUCCUGUGCUGCACUGGCUGAAGAACGGCCAGCCAAUCAAGUCCUUCAGACGGGUGAAGAGUCAAAGCCCUGGAGUCCUGCUCAUCAACCAGCUGGCUCUGGAGGACGCGGGCUACUACCAGUGCAUAGCAGACAACGGGCUGGGCACGGCCUGUGCCACUGCCAAGCUCACGGUAAUUGUGAGGGAGGGUCUGCCCAGCCCCCCUCGCCACCUGUCUGCCACCCCCUACUCCAGCACAACUGCCCUGCUCACCUGGGAGAAACCUGAGUACAACGCAGACCAAAUCAUUGGCUACUCUGUGCACUGCCAACGUGCCGCAGGCUCGGACAAUGUGGAGUACCAGUUUGCGAUGAACAACGACACCACAGAGUAUCACGUAAAAGAGCUUCUCCCCCACACCGCCUACACGUUCUUUGUGGUGGCUUACUCUCCAAUGGGUGCCAGUCGCCGGUCCCUCUCUGUUACUGUAGAGAUGCUGGAGGACGUGCCGAGCGCACCUCCUCAGCUGUCUAUAGCCAGCACCUCCCCGACAGACAUCAGGCUGAUGUGGCGUCCGUUGUCCCUGCAGCACAGUCGAGGAGCUGUCACCCGCUACCGCAUUGAGUACAGCACUCUGGAUCAGACGGACACUGUGUUCUCAGUGGAAGUGGGGGGUAAUGAGACUCAGUUCACUCUAAGAGAGCUGCAGCCGAACCAGGUCUACCGUCUGAGGAUAGCGGCUGGGACUGGCGUUGGCUUCGGGAUUCCCUCUGAGUGGGCCCAGCACCAAACGUUAGCCCACUACAACCACAGCGACCACAGCAUGGUGAUAUUUGCCCCGACUGAGCUGAAAGUCAGAGCCCGACUGAACACGCUCAAUGUGACGUGGCAUCCCUCACCCAAUCACACAGUGGUCUCUGGCUACAAGCUGUCCUGUCGAGAUGGAGAAAGGACAACACAGACCCACACCAUCAGGCUCCGUAAGAAGGCCAGGUAUCACCUCCUCACUGGGCUCGUCCCUGACCGGCAGUACGAGGUGAGGGUCUGGGCCUUCAACAAGCAGAUAGAUGGAGCAGCUGCCGUGUGGAAGGGGAGGACCGACAAGACCCAUAACAUAACGCUGUUACUGCCCGUACGCCCCCCUCCAUUGCCCCCGGGCAGCAUCCAGGCGGUGGCCAACAGCUCCACCUCCAUCUGGCUGCGCUGGGAGAAACCACGCUUCAGCAACGUGCGCAUCAUCGACUACACGGUGCGCUGCAGCCCAGCGGGAACCACCAACGCCUCCUUGGUCUCCUAUCACACCAGCUCUGCUCAGGAGAUACUGCUCGGGGCGCUGAAGCCCUUCACCCGCUACGAGCUGGCGGUGCAGUCUAACGGAGAGGACGUGGUGGGACCCUUCAGCAGCACGGUGGAGGAGUCGACUCUGUCUGACCGGCCCUCCUCACCUCCAGAGGAGCUGCAGCUGAGCGCUCUGGACUCGUCCUCUGUGCUGGUGAGCUGGCGCCCUCCGCUGGAGCCUAAUGGAAUAAUCAUCAGCUACAGGAUCUUGUACAGUAGCAACCUCAGCCAGCCUGAGCACAUGUGGGAAAACCUCUCUCAGGAUGGGAGCGUUACCAGUGCGGAGGUCCAGGGUUUGUCCAGCGGCGCCCGUUACUUUUUUAAGUUAGGCGCGUCUACUGGGGUGGGGCCAGGGCCUUUUUCACCUAUAAAGGAUGUUCACGUCCCCCUUCCAAAAUAUGAGCUGGACAUCCAUGCAGUGACAGGCAUCAUAGUUGGUGUGUGUCUGGGACUGAUAUGCAUCCUCCUCUGCAUGUGCUUCAGCUUUCGUAAUGGCAAAUCCAGGGAGGUGUCUGGGGGCCUGGACUCCACAGCUGUGACCCCUCAGUACAGGAGAGGAGGUAGCCCCGUUCCCUCCGACGUGCCAGUGUGCAGCGAUAGCCACGAGCUGGAGACACUGAUGCCCCCAGGCAGCCAAGAGUCUGGUCAGCCGCGAGAAGAGGCCUCAGAGGAGCAGAGCCUGAUGGAAAGUGCUAAUCCAGGGGAAGGGGAGGAUGCCCCUGCACCUGAACCCAAGGCUGCUUGGAAUGGCUCUGUGAGCCAUAACUGGGCCAACAGAAUCACUAGAUACAGAGACACCAUAACAGAAGACUCUCCAGCACUCAUUAAUGGAGCGCUCAACAUGCUAAUUACUGAUAGCGGCACGGACUUAGAAGAUCAUCUGUGUACAUCCCUGUGCAGCAACCAGGUCGAAGCAGAAGUCAUUGUUCACUCAGAGCUGUCAGAUCCCGGGAGAGAGAAAGAGGAGGAGGGUGGCGAAAGGGAGAAGGAUUCUAGCACCAAUAGAGGACCCUCAUUAUUGGAGGACAGAUAUUCCCCUUUGAGCCAGCCAAGCCCACCAGGAGAGGAGGACACGCUAGAAAAACUGGCCCAAAGCCCCUUGAGUCUUCCCUCGAUAAUGAUGGUGGCCAAUCACAACGGGGAGCUGGAAGGCAUGAGAGACCAGCCGGACGUAGACUUAGAGCCACAGCAGGACACGGGGCUAACCAAUGGCUUCCACUCCCCAAAGGCCGUGCGUUCUGUGCUGAGGUCAGAGCAUCUGGAGAACGGGGACUCGAGACACUGCCCUUCAGCGCCGGGGAAGGCCAUCUCUGCCGGGCUGCCCCCUGCCCCCUUUGUCAGCUCCGGCCUUGUCCACUCUACCUCAGCAGCUCACAGUUAUCUGUGCCCGUAG